AUGGCUGACGUGGAACUGGUAACAAAGUCCAAUCCGAAUGAAGCAACCCAAGAUCGGACAAGAUGCGCAGUCGCCAAUGCAAUUACCAACCACAUACACCGUUUCAACAACCAAAACACGCAUUUCGAUCCGUUGGUGAGGUUCUGCAGCACCGCUGAAGACAUCACGAGGAAAUUCCUGAAAGAGAACCCCAACGUGCUCGUAUUAAAAUCGGAUAAAGGAAACAAAACCGUACUGAUGGAUGCUGAAGAAUACAAGCAGAAGAUGAAGGAACUGCUACAAGACAACCAAACGUAUAAACCGAUAGACAAAGACCCAACCCUCCGGUUUGAACGGCAAAACAACUCGUUAGUGAAACGUCUGCGAAAUCUGGACCUCAUCGAUGAUCGAACGGCCAAGGAGCUAACCAAAUACAACGCCGUUUGCCCCAGGAUAUAUGGCCAACCCAAAGCCCACAAGCCAGGAUUGCCACUCCGCCCGGUGGUGCCGAAUGUGACUGCCCCAUCGUACAACUUGUCAAAAUACGUAGGGAAAAUUCUGCAGCAAUCACUGGUAAGCUCCUACAACGUCCAAGAUUCAUUCACAUUUUGUGAAUUUAUCAAUGGUGUCACUCUCCCCGACAAUCACGUCCUCAUCUCACUCGACGUUAAAGCUCUAUUCACCUCAAUACCAAAACCCCUGGUGAUUAACAGCAUAAUCAUGAGAUGGGACGAAAUCAGGCCUAACACAAAUAUAUGCCUAGACCUAUUCCUUGAAAUAGUCGGUUUCUGCAUCGACUCUAGCUAUUUCAAAUUUGACGGCCAGCACUAUGCGCAGAUAUUUGGAACUGCCAUGGGAAACCCACUCUCUUCCCACAUUGCUGAUUGGGUAAUGGAAGCCUUGCUAGACAAUGUAUUACGGUCGCUAAACAUUCCCCUACCGUUCCUCAAGAAGUUCGUCGACGACUUAGUUACGGCUAUCCCGCUGGAUCAACUCCAGCACGUACUGGACGUGUUCAACAGCUACGACAUCCACAUUCAGUUCACACACGAACUGGAAGUAGACAACCAGCUACCCUAUCUGGAUAUGCUGCUAAUCCGGCAGAAUAACCAGACGGUAAAAACUCAAUGGUACCAGAAACCAAUUGCCAGCGGUAGAUUCCUAAACUACCUGUCAUUCCACCCACUAAAACAGAAGCUCAACAUGGCCAAAAAUUUCGCGAAACGAGUCCACCUUCUGUCCACAGAUCUCGACAUGCAAGCAAAGCAGGUCAUCGUAGAGGAUAAUCUAAAGCUGAAUGGAUAUCCCACAUCCCUACGAAAGAGGAUCGCCAAUCGCAUGAAUGAACGUGAAAACAGCAGCACAGUCGGGACUCAACCAAUCCAGCAUGCCAUAGGGAGUCAACCGACUGAAGAACACCUAGAGCAUACCUACCGAUCAAUACCAUACAUAAAACACCUGUCCGAAAGGGUGGACAGGGCGAUAGGACGAGAAUAUCCCAACAUAAAACUCGCCAAAUACAACAUCAACACGGUCGGCAACUUGUUCUCAAGAAUCAAAGAUCCUAUUGCACUCGAUGAUCAAAACAAUGUUGUGUACCACAUACCAUGUUCCAACUGCCCAGCAUGCUACAUUGGAAUGACUAAAAACCGUCUGAAAACCAGAAUAAGCGGCCAUCGAACACUGUACAACACUAUGGACAGGCUUCUCGAGCAAGGCGCAGACAACACGGAUCCACGAAUGGCAUCGCUUAGUGAGAGAACGGCGUUAAUGCAGCACAGCAUACAAGAAAAUCACAGGUUCGAUCUGAAACAGGUCAAAAUUUUAGAAAAGGUAAACAAAACACAAAAUCUGCAAUUCCUAGAGAUGUGUCACAUCGCUCGAAACAGACACAGCAUUAACAGACGAACCGAUACUGAUGGGCUACAUGCAAUCUACGCAGGUAUAUUACACGAAAUAGAAAAAGCUAGCAAAACACGAAUUGCAAAUGAAAUAGGAAAUGUAGAAAAUGAUAACAACACACAAACACCACCACACACCUCAAUGUAAAUAUCCAAAGAUUGUUAAACACGACACCAUAUUAUAUCACCACACCAACACCAUCAUGCAAAGUUGCGUAGGUAUCCGCCAUAGCAAGUAUCGAUAAAAGUGUAGGCGAGCAAAAUCUAAAAAGUUCAGCUAAAAGCGAAGCAAAAAUAAGCUCAAAAGCUAAGGGAACAGUUUAUACCACUACAGCGUCUAGCAAACGUAUUGAUACGAGCAAAGUGAGUAGUAUGACUGUAGAAAUCAAAAAUGAAAAAUCUUAACUCAUUGCAUUGCACCUAUAGCUGAAGGUGGCGCCAUCCAAAUUCCGUUGGACAAUGUUUCAUGGGCUUCCAUGGAUUCUAACAAGAAAACAAGCCUUUAAUCCCCUGAAGAAGGUUUAAAAUAAACCGAAACCGUCGGAAGUUGAGGCAAACUUGUUUUCGCUGCUGUCACCGACUGCAAAAGCCGAGAGAAUCCCCGUAU